UUUAAAUGAUUAACGUUAGCUAUUUCUUUAAGAACAGAAGGCGCUUCCGAUCGACUAGAACUUGUCGCAUGCAUGAGCGGAGAAGGAGCUGGUUUAAUCCGGGGCCGAUGUCCAAAGGUCCGUCUUUGAGACAUAGAUAUUAUAUGUCAGGACCACCUGAACCAACUUGACGUUAACUUAUCUAAGAUCUAAGACUGUCCUUGCUGUAACGUAACAGUUUUUGUAACGCACCAGUUGUGAGACUCCGGUUGAAGAAAGGCCCACAGUUUUACUUCCUGAUGUGGAAUCAGAUUUGCGAAGUGUCGACAUGGACUUUGAAUCUCUCCCCAACUUUCGCACCGUGGUACCCGGCAAGCUGUACCGCAGCUCAACUGUUGACAACGUCACGCCAAACGAUGUCGAAAAACUGUCAAGUCUGGGCAUCAAAACCAUCGUUGAUUUACGAUCAAUGGAAGAACUCAACGAGUCCAGCGCUCCAAGGCUAUUGGAUAACACAUUUCAAAUUGUGGGAGUGGAGGUAAAAGACCGCAAACCCCUGGCACCAGAGCUCCACUUUACAGUCAAAGAUGCAGCGUCGCGCCAAGACAAGAGGCACUUCUUUGUGGCCUUCUACAACAGGCAGUUCUUAACAGGGACUUUACAACGAAGGCCUUGGUACCAACGAGUAUUCGCCAUUCUCACCAUGAUUCUGGCAUUUUUGCUAGAUACAAUUCUCCGUACAAAUAGGAAAUAUUUGAAAAAAGCCACGGUCGCCAUCAUACUCACCGACAAAGGGAUACUUCAAUGGUACAAGGAUAUGGUAGACUAUUCGACUGGAAGCAUGUUUGCAGCUCUGAGUAUUCUAUCAGACCCACAAAACCAACCUGCCUUACUCUGUUGUAAACAUGGGAAAGACAGGACAGCAAUCGUUGCCGCGUUGGUACUGGGAAUCCUGGGAAGGAAGAAGCAGGACGUCAUUGAAGACUACCACAAGUCUGAGGAAGGGACCAAAUCGAUGUACCAGAUGAUGUACAAUGAUGUUUGUGUGAGGUUUGGUGCACAAGAAUCCUACCUUUGGGCCCGAAAGGAAACAAUGCAGCAAUUCUUGGAGUAUAUUGAUGAGAAGUACGUCAUCCACAGGCUUAUUUUCAAACCUGAAAGUACAUGUACUGUUUUGCAAUGCAAGUCGCAUUUUUGUCAUUCGUCUUUUCAAUUGUUGGAUGAAACAGUAAGAUCUGUAGCCUUAGCAGAGAGGACAAAAGGGUAGCAAUAAAAGGUUUGGAUACUAGGCUAUAACAACAUCCAUGCAAAACCCAUCAUGAAAAUCUAGCUGACUGAUUUCCUCACUAUAGUAUUUGCC